UUCUGGGAUUAGGGGCGGAGCUUGACGCGAGUACUCGGUAUAAAUACGGUGAGAAAGUCGGGACAGGCACACACCUUACCCUCCUCCACCCCUUCCUCAGCAAAUUGGCGCCAUGAACGCACUAGUGGUGAUAUCAGCGUGCAUCUGUGCAGCAGCAGGCCGGCCCCAGUACUACCCGUACACUGCCGGCUACAUUGCCGAUCCUUAUGCCGCCGUUGCACCCUAUGUAGCGUCGCCCAUACAGUACACCUUGGACUACAACGUGGUACCAGACGCUGCCCAAGUGCCAGAAGCCUAUGCUGGUCAGUAUGUAGUCGCACCUCCUGCAAUCCCCACCGAAUACAAGAGCCAGCACCACUCCCAGGAUGAGUUCGGACAGUACGCCUUCGGUCACGUCUCCCACGACCAGGCACACAGCGCAGUCAGGGACUACACUGGUGCCGUCCGUGGCUCCUACACUUACAUCGACACUAACGGUGAAGAAGUGGUGGCACACUACACUGCUGACCAGAACGGCUUCCGCGUGUCUUCCAAUGCCCUGCCUGUUGCCCCAGUCUUUGAUGGAGAAGCACCAGUGGCUCUUCAGUUUGAACUAGAAGCACCAGUGUUCAACCUGGAGCAAGUUGCAGAGACACCAGAGGUGAUGGAAGCACGUGCCGAACACUUCCGCCUGGUGGAAGAGCACAAGGCUGCUGUGGCUGCUGCUCUCGCUGCUGCCACUGCUGAGGAAGCCACUGAGGCUCCUGAAGAAGAGACAGCAGAGGCAGCUGUGGAGGAGGAGACAGCUGAGGCACCAGUGGAGGAGGAGACAGCUGAGGCACCAGUGGAGGAGGAGACAGCUGAGGCACCAGUGGAGGAGGAGACAGCUGAGGCACCAGUGGAGGAGGAGACAGCUGAGGCAUCAGUGGAGGAAGAGACAGCUGAGGCAGAAGCUCCAGAGGAAACUACUGAGACACCUGUGGAGGAGGAGGUGGCAGCAGCUGAGAGCCGUCGCAAGCGUCAAGUUCUAAUAGGUAACCACUUUGUGUUCCCUGAGUUCUACAAGUCCCUGCCAAUUGAACCAGUCGUUGUUGAGCCCAAGACAGUAGUGGAAGGGGCCGUGGGUACUGCUGCUCUCCGUGAUGCCGAACUUCUGCGCAUCAUCAACACCCCCAACCAUGCCGUUUCCUACCGUGUAUUGUAAGGCAAAACCCUCACCAUUGCCCACUGACUAAGACGUUCUUUCUCCAGCCUGCCCGUGCCCACAACUCUAUCCUCUGUUAACCUAGAGAGGGUAGAGGAGGUGCACCAAGCCACACAUUUCUAAGUAUACUGUAUCUCUAAUAUUAAAUUUUCAAGUUCCACCACAUCUUGCAUUACAUAAAGGACACAAACCAAACAAUACAAGAUGACUCAAACAAAAAACAAGAUUCAAUGUACACUUAAAAAUCCCCAAAAUAAAUCAGGAAUACAAGCCUUCAAGAGAGCUUCAAAUUAUAAUAUUGGGUACUAUAUGAGUCACCUUUUUGUGAACAUAAUGCACAGCCAGGAACCAUGUUGCUCAUAUUUCUGUACAUGUACAUAUAUUUUGUAAAAUUCAGGUGACAACAUAAAGUGAUGAAUUCA